AUGGCAGUUUCUUCCCGGCCAGAUACCCAGACCUGGUACCUUUCUUCCAGCAUACAUCGCAGCAAAUCCUCUCCCCAGAUAGCCACCCAGUGGAGAUGGAGACAGAGACAGGAAACGAAACCUGAGCCCUCCAAUCCCACCCUUUAUCCGGCUCCGAGCCUGAAUUCAGCUCCCCCCGCCUCCAGCCUGAGCGUGGACAGCCUCAGCUGCCGACCCCCGCCAGGCCCGGUCUCAGGGCCUGGGAUCCUAAUGCUCCAGACUCACCGGCCCCUGCCAGACAGGCUGUAUCCCACCGGGCCGGGAGGCGCCUCAGACCCUGACCACUCCGGGAUAGGGAAGGUGCCUGGUCGCCCUAGCAACCAAGUCGCAGUCUGCGCUGAGCUACUGUUUCCUUCCCUCCAGGCCACAGAGCUGGCGGCCCAGGGGGAAUCGCAGAGUCCAGAAAAUCUCUCCAGCACCCCUUUGUCAACUCCAGAAGUAUUUAAGAUAAACUUUAUAUUUCCAAAUGGAGACAAGUAUGAUGGGGAUUGUACAAGAACAUCUUCUGGAAUAUUUGAGAGAAAUGGCAUAGGUAUUCAUACCACUCCUAAUGGGAUUGUCUACACAGGAAGCUGGAAAGAUGACAAGAUGAAUGGUUUUGGAAGACUUGAGCAUUUUUCAGGAGCAGUAUAUGAAGGAAACUUUAAGGACAAUAUGUUUCAUGGACUGGGGACUUAUACAUUCCCAACUGGGGCAAAGUACACUGGAAAUUUCAAUGAAAAUAGGGUGGAAGGUGAAGGACAAUACACUGAUAUCCACGGACUCGAAUGGUGUGGUAACUUUCAUUUCACAGCUGCUCCAGGCCUGAGGCUAAAGCUCCACAUGUAGAUAUUCUGCAUUGAAGUUUUAAUGUGGUAAUUGCAGCUUUUAGUUGUAAGGAAAACAGCUAAAUGUCAUCUGCAGUAACUUCAUACACUACCUAUAUAUUGUAAUUUUGCCAAUAAAACCAUCACUCAU